CUAGCCUUUUUUCUCUCUCUCCUUUAACACCAAUCGUUUUGGUUUGUUGUUUUUUUAAACUUCCACACUGCUCGGCCUGUUGUGUCCUGGGGGCGGCGACGUUCACUUUUUCACUAUUGGUUUCUGAUUCAUUCGGUGUUUAUCGCUCGCUCAAGUACCAUUGUAACUUUCUGACUUUACAGAUCAAUCCCACUACCGGCGGAACACGUACCGUUGGGAUUUACCCCAGAUAUAAGUGAGAGUGCAGGGGCGUUGUAGACAAACAAGUACCAUUACGUUUUGGUGGUGGCGGCGAUGGCUGUCUGUCGGCUGCUUCUCUUCUGGCAGACGACACUGAAGUGGAAGCGCGCGGUUAGCGUGGUUCAGCUGGAGGAUUGACGUCCACGCUUCACGGUGACAGAAAGUUCAGCCAGUGAAUCACUCACUAGUCCUCGCAGCCAAACGCCACGUAGAAUGCACCGCUGUCAGUUCGCAUCGGAUUUACCUUUCGUGUUGGCACCGCUGGUGUGCUGCUCCCACCUUGACCCGCACCGGCAGUGGACAUUCUCUGACCCUCACUUCCUGGAUGACCACUGUCCAGUGUCAUUGCUGUAGUAAUUCGCUGCUGGACAGUCCCUUGUCCACUAGUCAUGCUUUGGAAGAUUGUUUUAUUGUUUAGCACAUUUACUGGAAUGGUUCACAGUCGUUCUAGAGCCAGGAGUCAUCUUUCACUUUGGAUAGACCAAGACCAGGUCGCUACUCUAAUUGGUUACCCCAUGCAGAUACCAAUAAUUGCAGACGGCAUUGUUAUUCCAUAUUUAAAAGAACCCGGAUUAUCUGAUUCUAUCGUUAUUCUACCGGAAGUGGAUACAGUUAACCUAACGUGGAUGGCUGGAGAAGAACAGUUUUCCUACUGGUUUGAGAACCUGACGUCGCUGGACCCGCACCUCUUGUACAACCCUCUACUCAGCAUUCCUGCUCACGGAUGGAUACCUCGGAUGGAAACAGUAUUCCAGAUGUCGAUACCGUGCACGGGAAAGAACAAGGGGAUCGCCUCUCUCGUUCUGGGUCUCAACAUCUACAACCGGCGACGACUACCGAUCGAGGGCACGCCCAUCAGCUUCACCCUCAAGAAACAGUGCACGGCGUUUGUGACGACGUCGCUAUGCAAAUCCGAGUGUGAAAAUGGCGGCAUGUGUAAUGAACUGGGUAUUUGCGAAUGUCGACAAGGAUUUCACGGGAAGUUCUGCAGUAUUGCCAUGUGCAAUCCAUCGUGUCAGAACAACGGAACCUGCGUCUCCCCAGAGGUCUGCGCAUGUCCGCCGGGGUAUUUAGGGAAACACUGCGAAAAAGAGGUGUGCGGGCGGCCAUGUCAAAACGGAGGUCGAUGUUUACCAGAAGGCUACUGUCAUUGUCUCCAGGGAUUCUAUGGCGACGCCUGUGAAUACAAUUACUGUGUUCCGCUGUGUAAAAACAACGGUGUCUGUGUGGGACCUAACAGAUGUAACUGCAUUUCUGGGUAUACCGGCUCCCUCUGUGAACACAGUCUAAUAAAGACCGACACAGAUAGACCCCGACGAAGUAAAGAGCACGGCGAUGGCGACAGUGAACGCUCGCUAAAACUCCCCAAAAGAAAGAAGAAACGAAAUCCUUCAAGGAGGAAACGGAAGGGAACCAAAGAUCUUGAAAAGAAGCUGUUGAAAACCGAGCGUAGAAUUGUGAAAAUUAUAAACCGGAAGUCAAAAGAGUGGACCCUAACCAGAGAAGAAAGACGUGUUGUGAAAAAACUUAUAAGAGAAAGCAAGGCGAGACUUUUAUCAUUGAAAGAAAAAAAUUACCUCGCUAAAAUCGUAACAAGAGAAAGAGACAAGCUGACGAGCAAAGAAAAACAAAAACUGAAACGCUUUAAGAAGCUGUUAAAACUGACCAGACGACGGAACGGCAAGCCCAAGAAAAGAAGAUUGUUUGUAUAGACUUCAUCUAGAAGUAGAUGAAAGAUCAUGCAACAGUGUCUGCUGGUCCAGAUCGAAAUAGGCAAGACAUCAGGCUAGUUCAGGGAAUAAGGAAUGGUAACGCUUUAUGUAGACACAGUGAACAACUAAAGGAAUGGCUAUUUGACAGCCCAUGCUGGCACAUUGAGAGCAUAUGUCGCCAUGAGAAAUAUUCCACUGGCCUGCAUUGUGUAGACAAGUACCUUUGUUCACACAUUGUUAAGACAUCACAAUGUGAGAAGCAUAAGUACUGUGGUGUAUUGCACUAGAUGCAGUAUCUAUCAGCUAGAUCAUCACAGAUAAGAAACCCGAAUCUGUAAGAGUGAAGUUCGAUUUCACAAGCGAUGGUCUGACUGAAAGAAAAUAUAUUAAACAUAUAGACUUAGCAGGCUACAUAAUAUAAAAAAAACACUAAAAACUUGUGUUUAUGUGUAACGUACUUCUUGUAGACUGAUGGCUAUACAACCAUGAUAGACUCUGCAGCAUCGGUGAAUAUUAAUUAGCUAUGGAUGGACUGGUAACCUAACUCUCUACAUGACCUACACGUCAGUUGCUAAUUACUGGAUGGAUUGUCUACACGAUGUUAAUUGACCAUGUGGAGGAACUGUUUUCUGUGGAUGGUUUUCAUAUUGCUUCUUCUUUACGACCUGGUGGUCUUUGUGCUAACGUUUGAGGGAUAACUAGUUUGCUAAUUAUAUAGGAGGACCACAGUGGCGCGCUAUGGAGGAUGGACUAAAUAACAUGUUACCCUCUGGGCAUAUGCGUAAUAUAUUCAUUACACGUUCUUGUAGAAAACGUUAACCUAGCUCAGGGUAAUUCUAUAAUACAUCUACAGCAUCAGUGCUGCGUAACACAGUGUUUAUAUAUUCUCAAUACUGACAACAGAAAUAGUCUAGUAUUUCGACCAUUUGACGUAGAUUGACAGAUCGUGUUAACCAGCAGACAGGAACGAGUCAUAUUUGGUCGCUAAUGGCGAUCUGGGGCCUAAUUCACAAAACUCUUUUAAACUCUCUCAAGCUCUCUUUAGCAACAUUUAUUUUGCAUUGAAAUACGAGAUCGCAAAGUUGCGAAAGUGGUUCACUAAACUCUAGUAACUUUGCGAUCUGGCUGUACAAUGCGAACACACUUGCAAAGACGACGUGAUGUUGCUUAAACGAACCUUAGAGAGAGUUGUGUAUUAGGUCCCCGUGUGUAAAUUAUGUGAUUGUACGAUGGUUCAGACUUUUAUGGAUUUGUUUUCACGGAGUACGAGCAGUUAUUUCUGCACGAUCGUAAGUUAUAUCAGUUAUUGUACAGGUGUGCAAUAUUCGACACAAAUACCUCAGCAUCCGUACGAUAGUUGGUCUUGUACAGCACAGCUUUUGAUUUAUGUAACAUAUCAAAAAAGUUAAAAAAUGUAAGUUUUCUUUUUGUUAUCUGCGUAAAGUUUUGUUAUAACUGUAUAGUGUUAAAUGUAUUUUGUUUUUUCGUUAUACGUGUAUGGUGAUAAUUUAUGUGUUCCCGUUUGGGUACGUGUGUAUUGUGGCUCAGGUAUGUGCUUCAACCUCAUUGCAUAGACAUGCAUUUAUAGACUAGAGCACAUUGAGUAAUUUGUUGCUACAUACAAUAACGAGUCUGAAUAUCAAUUGUGACUUCCAAACUCUACCAUGUCGCAUUUCUGAUAAGAGUCCAAUCUCACAAUACAACCAGGGGUGACGGGCGAUAGAUUAGUGUGUAUAUUUCAAUGGAGAGGCUGUCCGGGUGAUAGAAGCAUUAUUGUUCUGUUUAUGUAGUCAACUAGUCAGCUAAACUGUUUUAUAUGUUACUGUAGCUUAUUUGAAGGAAGGAAGGAAAUGAUUUAUUUAACGACACACUCAACACAUUUAAUUACGGUUAUAUGGCGUCGGACAUAUGGUUAAGGACCACACAGAUAUUGAGAGAGGAAACCCGCUGUCGCCACUUCAUGGGAUACUCUUUCCGAUUAGCAGCAACGGAUCUUUUAUAUGCACCAUCCCACAGACAGGAUAGCACAUACCACGGCCUUUGAUAUACCAGUCUAAAACUCGGGUGUUUAAGCACAGUAAAUGUUGUAACUCCACGCGUGUAAGUCCAAAACUCGGGUGUUUAAGCACAGUAAAUGUUGUAACUCCACGCGUGUAAGUCUAAAACUCGGGUGUUUAAGCACAGUAAAUGUUGUAACUCCACGCGUGUAAGUCUAAAACUCGGGUAAAUAAGCACAGUAAAUGUUGUAACUCCACGCGUGUAAGUCUAAAACUCGGGUGUUUAAGCACAGUAAAUGUUGUAACUCCACGCCCAUAAAUUAAUGUCCAGCUAAACAUUAGAGACCGAAUUUACGAAGCCUGUUUUAGACUUACACGCGUAUAACUAAUACUAUAUAUAUUUAUAAUACUUAAACACCUGCAGUUAAGAAAAACACGCUUUGUAAAUUCGACCCCGAAUUACUUUUUUUUUUCUUGCAGCCAUGAAACAUUUAAACACACUGACACUCGUUGUUAGGACGAUUUACAGUGAUUUAACCGUUAAAUUACACGUAACUUACAGUGUGUCGCUAAAAUUCUAAAUUAUGGAUUACGGCAAAGUCAGUGUGUUUCUAAUAGUCCUGGUGUUGGUAGCACAGUCGGUUGCCGUCUGAAGAAAAUGCCUUAUUUUGGGAUAAUUAAAAGAUAUAGGGCCUAAUUCAUAAAGCUCGCGUAAGUUCUUUUAAACAACAUCAGAUCGUCGUUAAAGUGUUUUUGCACGGCACUGUGAGAUCACAAAAAGGCUAUUUUAUAAACGAAAGGCCAUUUUACAAUCAGCAGGUUUCGCAUAAUAUUAUUGGUGUUUGUCUUCUCCAUAUAUCUUGAAAGGCGCCCACUAUAAUUUAUCCCCACUAAUUUUUUCCCCGAAUAAAAAUGUUUAUGGAUAUUUGUAUGAUAUCACUACCGAUAUGAAUUGCAUAUCUAUUUCGCUAUGUAUAUACAAAAACAUUUCUAAUAUGUUUCUCUUUUGUCGUUGCUGAUUCAAAUAUAAUCGCAUAAUAUAUGUAACCCAAAUUUGUUUUAUACCCGCGAAUACCUUUCUUUUAGUAUAGAUAAUUUUAAUACGUAAUAACAUUUGUGUGCACGUGCGUUGUGAAGACAAGCUUUAAAAAAGAAAUUCUAGUAUGCAUUUGUUUUCCAAAUAAUCGCAUGAAAAAUGAUGUCAGUUUCUGCAUUUUGAAUGUCCAUUCCCUAUUUCGUUUUCCGUAUUUGGACAAAUAUAUUUUACAGGUAGCUACAAAUGUAAAAUGUAUUGGGGAUUUCUGUCAAAAACAGUCAUCUACUAUCCCUAUAUCUUAUCUGUAGAACAACCCUUAUUUGUUAAUAAAUGGGAUUAUCUGUGCGAUUGUGGAUAAAUCGGGUAUCGAUGGUGUGUUUAAUUCAACAUGUUAACAUUAACCGUUAUGGGGGAAAUGUUGGGAGGUAAGAGUCGAACAUGACGAUAGAAUUAGUGGGUGGCGGGUGAUAUAUUAGUAGCGGACCCGGAGCUGUUGGGAGGAAAGAAUCCAGAUGAUAGAGGCAUUGUUUUUCAUUUCUUGAUUUAUUUAUAUCUGAGAACAAGUACAAAAUGCAUAUCUAUCUUUUAUAGAAAUAUUGGUAUAAAGUGCUCCUACAUGUAAUAACUAGUUUAAAAUGUCCAAUUGGAUAAGUUAGUAGAGUACUCGACUCUUACACAAAACGUCACUGGUUCAAAUCCCCUCAGUUGAGGUUGGUUUAUCUGUUAAAUGUGGAGCCGGUGUAGGGACUAGGGACUAGGGACUUGGGACUGGGUGUGUUCUGAGCACAAGGAUGUAGUUAUAGUACUCGCGACCCACAGCUCCUGGACGUAGCUCCACUUAAGGGAUGUAUGGUGGUGGAUUAUAGUGUGGUGUUGGUAUAACGUGAUCCCUUUGGUAGUAGCUAGUAGAGAUUUUGCAGGUACUAUUCUGCAGAAAGUCCGUGGUUCGAACCCAACUGGUAUAGGUUGGCGUCUGCUACUGUGAUCAAAUGAGAUUGGUAAUAGUUGAUUACAAAAUUACCCAGGUAAAGAUUGUCGAAAUGGAUUUGUCAUGUUACUCGUUUAUUACAUAUACAUAUUUUAUACAUAUUAAAAAACAACAACCGAACAAUAUAAAGAAGUAAUUACAUAGGCCUAUUUGAUGGUACAAUAAAGUACCAGCUUCGAAUUACGUAUUUGAUUGAAAUAUUACGAAGUAGCCGUAAAUGUGUAUACUUUCUCUCUUGUUGAAUGUAUUUCAUAUUAAAUACAUUUAGAGUGGAUAUCAUGUAUGUAACACAGUGUAGAAAUUAAGACGUGACGUUAUGGGGAAAUAAUCCUACCUGUUUAAUAUUGUAGUCCAGGAUAAUUGCGAUCUACAUCCUGGAGAUACCCAGGGCCUUUGUUUAUAAAACUUCAAAGUCUAGACUCAGAUAUUUAAUUACGCCACAUGCAUGUAAUUUGUACGGCGUUACCAUGAAGUCAAACACUCAAUACUCUAUCAGAGGCUGGAGUGUAAACAAAAAGUUUUAUAAGCAUGGGGCUAGAUCUUAUGGUUGUGACCUCGUGUGGAUUUGGUGACAUAUUUCCAUGACGGCUGUACUUGGUGUGUUAAUAUCUAGACAAGAACUGUGUAGAUAAAUUGAUGUAAAUAAUUUAUUAAAUUUAAUUUAGAAUAAACCAACAAUAUUGUUUGUACUGUUUAAACAAAAAAUAAAGCAAUAUUGUGAUGG